AUGUGGCAUAGUAUUGGGAUAGGAAUUGAAUUGGAGAAAAGAUUUAAAGAAAUCGACAACCAGUUCCAGCGGUUUAACGACGUCGACUCUCGCCUCAAUGAGGUCGCCCUACUGCUCUCAAAUCUCGGGGAUGUCGUGAAAAAUGUCACUGACACUCAAGAAAAGGUAAACCAAAUAUAUAACUACUUCAUAUAUUUUUAA